UUAAAAGUUCUGUUGUUCUGUGGUAAUCUGUGGCUGUUAAGUUGUUAUUUUUGUUUAUAAAUUUCUUUUCAUUUCAAAAAUAUUCAUAAAUCGUUCUAAGAGGAAAAAUGGAUAUAAAUGAACGUAGUAUUGAUAUCAAAGAUGAGGUGCAAAUAAUCCACGAUGAUGUGAAAUUUGAAGAAAAAUUAGAAGUUUUUGAACAAUUUGUAGAUGAGAAUAGAAUUCAUGGAAGAGAAGAAUACAUUAUCAAGAAUGAGGAAAGUAACUGCUUGAAUACCUUAGUUAUAGAAGGUGAUUCAAAUCAAUCAUCUGCCUCUUUUACAAAAAAAAUACUUCAAGUAUUAGAUACACCGGGCAAUAAAUCUGAAGCGGAAUGUCACUUGGUUGAUUAUCCUGCAAGUGAGGAAAAAUAUUUCUAUGAACACAUACAGUAUCAUACCUCCAGUUGUAAAGAGGAGGAAAAAGUGCUAACCAAAUUAGGAAUUGUAGACAUUUCUGAACAAUUUACAGACCAAGAAGGUGUUCAUAAUAGAGAAGAAUUUAUAAUCAAGAAUGGAGAAAGUACUCCAAACUGCUCGGUUACUAAGAUCGAUGCAAAUCAGUUAUCAUCUGCCACUUCUAUUGAAACAAUGCCUCAAGAAUUAGAUCCAGUGAUGAAUAAUUCUAAACCUUCACUUCUGGAACAGACCACAUGUCAUGAAAGUCACACGAUGUCAAUUGAAAAAAAUAAUAUUGGAAAACGCCUACAGUCAAACACCAAAUCCGUUCACUUGAAGGUCAAGACACACAAAUGUCACUUAUGUGACUUUGAUGCGAGUUCUAAAAAGAAUCUUGAAUAUCACAUAAAAUCUGUUCAUCUAAAAAUUAAGAAUUACCAGUGUCAUCUAUGUGAACAUUUCACACGUAAGAAGGAAUGCCUUCGAAGUCAUAUCGAUUCUGUUCAUUUAAAUAUCAAAAAACACAAGUGUCACUUAUGUGAAUUUAAAACUGGUCGAAAAGAAGCCCUAACCGGUCAUGUAAAAACUGUUCAUUUGAAAGUCAAUGAUCACAAGUGUAAUUUUUGCGAUUAUGCUACAAAUAUAAAAUUCCGCCUUAAAUUACAUAUGAAAUCUGUUCAUUUGAAAGCUGAGGAACACAGGUGUCAGCUAUGUGAGUUUGUUACCAGUAGAAAAGAUGUUCUACAAAUACAUAUCGACACUUUCCAUUUAAAUAUCAAGAAACACAAGUGUGAAUUGUGUGAUUAUGCUUCAAAUAUGAAAAGCCAUCUCAAUAGACAUGUGAAUUCUGUUCAUCUGAAAGUUGUGAAAGCCAAAUGUUUCGAUUGCCUGCUAUGCGAUUAUUCUGCGAAUAGAAAAGAUAAUCUUCAGAAACAUGUCGAUUUUGUUCAUUUGAAUAUCAAGAAGCACAAGUGUGAAUUGUGUACUUAUGAGACAAAUAACAAAAGUCAUCUCGAUAGGCAUGUGAAACAUGUUCAUCUGAAUAUCAAGGAAUAUAAGUGUUCCUUAUGUGAAUACGUGGGGAGUGAAAAAACACACCUUGAUGCCCAUAUGAAAUCUGUUCAUUUGAAUGUGAAGUGUCAGUUAUGCGAAUACGUUGCAAGUAGAAAAAAUGAACUUGAAAAACAUGUCGACUCUGUUCAUCUGAAUGUCUGGAAACACAAGUGUCGCUUAUGUGGAUAUGGUACCAAUUUAAAAACAGACCUUGGCAAGCAUAUCAAAUCUGUUCAUUCGAAAACUGCAAGACUCGCCAGUGCUAAAAAAAAAAAAAUAAUGCCAUAAAAAGCAUAUCGACUAUUCAUUGAAAUAUCAGGAAACACAACUGUAACUUAUGUGAUUAUGCUGCGACUAUAAUAAAACACCUUGAAGUUCAUGUCACAAGUGGAAAAAGCAAAAUUCAGGCUUACAUUAAGUCUAUUCAUUUGAUUAGAAUAUGAAACAGGUAAAAAAAAGAACAAGUAAAAUAUGUUGAUUUGAAUCUUAAGGAACACAAGUGUCACCUAUGUAAGU